UUCUUUAAAUAUUCUAGGCUUCUGUUUAUGAUCAGUUUGGCAUUACAGAUCAUCCACAUGGGAAACAGCUAUCAAAGAGAGAAAUACAAAGGUAGUAGAGAAGAAAUCAACAGUGCUGCAGCUCAGAAGCUCCAGCAGAAAACACUCAACUGGACCCUGAGUAAUUUUAGGGAGGAGAACGACAGCGCGGAGGGCUGGAGGCCGCAGGGUUCAUUCUCCUACUCCCAGGCUUCCCAAGAGCGUGCGCCCCCGCGGCCGCGCUGCUGCCGGAACGGCGGCACCUGCGUGCUGGGCAGCUUCUGCGUGUGCCCCGCUCACUUCACCGGCCGCUACUGCGAGCACGACCAGAGGCACAGCGAAUGUGGCGCCCUGAUGCAUGGAGCCUGGACCUUCCGCGGCUGCCGCCUCUGCAGGUGUGUCUUUGCGGCCCUGCACUGCCUCCCGCUGCAGACACCCGGCCGCUGUGACCUGAAAGACUUUCUUGCCUCACACUCUAAUGGACCAAGAAUGCAACUCACGCAGAGUGUUCUCCUCCUCCUGCCCUGCUUCCUCCUGAAAUCCAUCCUCAGUGAAGAGGGAUACUGCUGA